ACCCUGCGCAGUUUAAGAUCUCUCCUCCUUUCAUUCCGUCCUUUUUAUAGCUUUAUCAUUUAAUACUCUCUGUCUUCGAUGCAUCCUCCGUUGCAUAUUCAUUCAAACUCUCGCUCUCUCUCUCUCUCUCUCCCUCUCCCUCUCUCUCUCUCUGAGUUCUGUUGCAGAGCUCUAAUGGUGGAAUCCUAAAAGAGAUUCCAAUCCCUCCAAAAUAAGAAACCCACCUCAGUCAUCAGUCCGUCUACCGAUAUAGGAGAUGCCCAUCUCGAGAUACCAGCUGAGGAACCCCUACGGCUUAGCAGAUCCGGAGCUGUACAGGUCUGCCGAUCGGGAUGAUCCCGAAGCGAUCCUGGAAGGCGUCGCCAUGGCGGGCCUUGUUGGCGUCCUUCGCCAGUUGGGCGAUCUUGCUGAGUUUGCGGCUGAGAUUUUCCAUGACUUGCAUGAAGAAGUGAUGGCCACAGCUGCUAGAGGUCAUGGGUUGAUGAUUCGAGUCGAACAAGUGGAGGCGGAGUUCCCAUCCAUUGAGAAGGCUAUUCUCUCUCAGACCAGUCAUUCACAUUGCACCCAAAAUGCAGGUGUUGACUGGCAUGCCAAUCUCCGAAUGGACCAGAAUCUAAUCACUACAGGAGAUAUGCCUCGAUUUAUCAUGGACUCCUAUGAAGAAUGCCGUGGCCCACCUCGGUUAUUCUUGCUGGACAAGUUUGACAUUGCUGGUGCUGGGGCAUGUUUGAAGAGAUACUCAGACCCAUCAUUUUUCAAGACAGAAAUAGCCUACUCUAGAAAGAAAAAAGUUGAGGUUCAACGAGAAACGAAAGCCCGUAAAAUCAAGAAGAAAGGAGCACGUUGGAGAAAUGGAGAUACCCCGGAGAUCUUCUCGACAUCCCAUUUCAAUUCCACAUUGCGCCAAUUGUUUUCUGAUGAGAACGAAAAUGCUUCCAAGAAGGUUCCUAUACAAGGUGUAAAGCUGAAGAGGAGGCACUUGAAUGGCUCCUCAUUCAAUUCAAGAACGGGAAGAAGCUACAUGGAGCAUAUUCUCGAAACUAGUCCACCCAAGCUUGAUAUUCAAUUUGAAAAUUCUGUAAGUGAUACUAGUGAACUGGCUCCUGAAAUACGCGAUAUUGGUUUGGAGGGUUUGGAUAGCGAAGUAAUGCAGAUAAAGAGAACCCAAAUCCCCCCUUCUGAUAGACAAGAGCUACUUGAACCUUCCUUGGAUGAGUUGGGUCAGGAUAUAGUGGAAGGACAAGCUUCGAAAUCCAUGCCUGAGCCAAUUGCUGAAUUUGAAGAAGAGAAAGUUCCAUCCGCCCUUCCCGAAAUGAGUCAAAAUGAUGCAUUAGUUGAUGGUGAGAGCAAGACGGAAGCCAGGGAAAUUGAAAUAGAGAAAAUCCCGUUUUCCUUUCACCAGGUGGAUCGAAAGGAUGAAUUGCUCAAGGGGGAAAGCAAGGUGGAAGAUAAUGCUGAUGGGUAUGGAUAUGAUGAAAUUGAAGCUGAGAAAGUUCAUUCCACCUUCCUUCAGGUGGGUCAGAAGGAUGUGUUUGUUAAUAUACAAAACAAGAAGGAAGCCAAUGCUGAUGACAUGUACAGGUCUGUCAAUUUCGAAGAGGAAAACAUCCAUGCCACCUUCCACCCAGCAGAUCAAAAGGAUCUAUUGGUUGAUGGUGAAAGGAAGACAGAAGCCAGUGGUGAUGGGUAUGUAUCUGAUGAUGCAGAGAAAAUCCAUGCCGCCAUCUACCCGGUGGAUCAAAAGGAUGUGUUGCUUGUUGGCGAAAGGAAAACAGAAGCCAGCGAUGAUGGGUUUGUAUCCGAUGAUGCAGAGAAAAUCCAUGCCGCCAUCUACCCCGUGGAUCAAAAGGUUGCAUUGCUUGAUGGCGAAAGCAAGACAGAAGUCAGCCAUGACGGGUAUGGGUCAGAUGAUGCAGCUAGUGAGAUGGAAAAUUACAUGGAUGCCCUUGCGACCAUGGAGUCAGAAAUGGAGACGGAUACAGAGAGCCGAGCUAAGCACGAGCGGAGUUUCUUCAAUGUCAUAAAUCAAGGGACAGAUUCUGAUACAAAUGAAGAACGACUGGAUCUGCAUGAGCAGCUGGAUACCCUUUCAGUUGAAAAUUCUGGCACAUUGUAUGAUUGGAACUGUUCGCUGAAGAAGCAAAGAUCAAGCUAUUCUGACUCGGACACUUUAAGCAAUUGCGCUGAUACACAAAUGCCUAAAGCCAAUGGAAUCACUUCCUUGGACAUGCAUGAAAAGUUCGAAAAGUCUUUUAACCCAGAAGAUGCCAUGUCUGACAUGCCACAUGAAAAUCUGUUUUUUGGUUUUGCUGGCAAAUUGUCAUCUUCGUCAAGUGGUGAUGCAGAGGCGGAAGCAUAUCUAUCCACUGACAUGCCCCUGGCUGAAAUCCAUGAUAAAUCUCCCGAAACAAGCAGUGAUGAUCCAGGAACCAAACCUCCAGAAUCUUUGGUAGAUGUAGUCAAUGGGACCAUCAACGAGGUAUCUGAAAUCCCAAGUUUCGUCUCUGAAUCCGGUGAAGCAUCUUGUAGCUCUUGCAUUACAGAUGCAGCUGGUGCAAGUGUCAGCGAAGUUCAAUUUGUUGGAACAGACCCAACUGAAAUUUUGUCUUUCAAUACUGAAGAAAUGGGUAAGCAUUCAGGUAAUGACUUGUUACGUAAGCCCGAAGUCUCUUACAUUCAUUACCAAAACGAAGACGCAGAGAGUGCAGCUUUUGCCGAAAGCUUGUCUGCUUGCGAAAUGUUGGAUAGGGGUGUCCAUGACACCUCUUCCGAUGGUCUGGUGUAUUCGUCUGAUAUUUCAGACAUGCCUCAGGUAAUAAAAGAUGCUGAAGAUUGUUCUGUUGGAACAGACCCAACUGAAAAUUUGUCUUUCAAUACUGAAGAAAUGGGUAAGCAUUCAGGUAAUGACUUGUUACAUGUGCCCGAAGUCUCUUACGUUCAUUCCCAAACUGAAGACGCAGAGAGUGCAGCUUUUGCCGAAAGCUUGUCUGCUUGCGAAAUGUUGGACAGUGGGGUCCAUGAUGCCUCUUCUGAUGGUCUGGUGCAUUUGUCUGAUAUUUCAGACAUGCCUCAGGGAAUCAAAGAUGCUGAAGACUGUUCUGUUGCUGCGAGGUUGACAGGUGGGCCCCUUGAUUGCACUUUGAAUGAUUUGCAAGACUCUGAUAUCUCUGGCCUGCCUUUUGGAACACCAGAUAAUGCUAUUCUUGAGAAGGAUCAUGCAAGAGAUAUUGAAGAUUCUUCUUCGUCUACUGCUGCUGCUUCUGAGAACUUGAAAGAACCACUCAAUUCACCAACCUUGAAGACUUCACCUAAAGAAGAACAGCUCAUCAGCUCGAUGAAACAAGACACAGAUGUGUGUUUGGAUAUCACAUCGCCACCUGAAUGUUUACCUGCCCUUUGCACUCACACUGAUCCGAUCGAUGCAUUGCCCAAUGGCUUGACUGCAGAAAUGGAGAGCAGUGCCCCACUAAGCAGUCCCACUGUUGAUCUGCAGGAAAGUGAUGAAUUCGUGGAGCAUGAAUGUCAGAAAAUGACCACAGACAUCCGACCGCAUGAGUCUGAGAACUUCGAUGCAGAAUCUCAUGAGGAUCAAGCAGGCGAUAUGGCAGAAGCUCCUGUAGCCUGUGCACAAACAGAAACAUUGUUAUUUGUCGAGCCGGAAGCAUUGUUUAAUGCGUCGGAGAUUGAGGUGAAGGAUGGGUCUGUCAAUUCAGCAUCCAGAACUAUAAUAUCCGAAUCUCCAGUAGGUAUGUUGCCUGUUAAGGUCCAUGCUGACUCGGAUGAUUUAGUGGCUGAGUUUGCUGUUGAGAAACCUGAUUGUGAUGAUCGUGAUCCCAUGAUCAGUUCUCCAGCAACAUCAGAUCAUCAUGUACAGUUGCAAGAAGAGUGUCUUUCCAGUGAGACAGCUUCAGAUCAGUGUAAACUGGAAAUCAGAGAGAUGCUCAUUCAAAAGGAUCAUGUAGUAUUGGAUGGUCAGAGAGUGGGUCCCACAGAUCCAACCACCGAUAAUGAAGCAAAUCAACCAGUAGUGGGUCCCACAGAUCCAACCACUGAGCCAUGUCAGCCUGAUCCCACAGAUCUUGUCAUUUCUGAAUUUCCUGAUCAUGUUCAUCAUCCCAUGUCAUUUGAAGACUCCCAAAUUGAUUUACAUCCCGAUGGUGGUUCAGAUGCUUCCAUUCCUUUGAGGGAAGGCGAUCGAGAGCGUGAACAGAAAUUGAGAGAAAGUGAUCAGGCACUGGAACCAAAAUCUCCUGACCAGAGUCAUCCUCACGAGACUGAAAAGGAUGUGGCGUCUCUGUUGACUCAUUUCCUCCCAGAGCCAGCAGUUCCUCUUGAACAAAGCCGUGAAUUAGAAGCUGGAAUGGAACUCAAUUUGGUAUCUUCCCAUGAAGAGGAAGAAGGCCUUGAAUCUUCCGACCCCCAAUUUGAAAGAACGCAAUCUCUCAAAGAAAUGGAUCCUGCUCUCACCAAUAAGGAUGACUACUGGAAGGCCCAUUCAGAGUCCUCUCCAGUGGACCAUCUCAUCGAGCAACCAUUGAAAUCCAAGCAAAAGCCAGAUUCACCUGUGGUUGCUACCAGUGAAAUGAUCAAUGGGCCAACUGUAUCUUCAUGGGAUGUUACCACUUGCACGUCAUCAGAGCCAGAAGCAUGUAUGCAACUUCCACCUAACCAUAGUUAUGAAAUCUCCGAGUUACCCAUCAGCUCAUUGGAUUCCAAUGUCUCUGCUACGUCAUCACCAGCAUUUCCUAGCAUCAGCCGGCUCAUCCCUGGACGAACCCAUGUACAGCCAUUUGAACCGCAGCCGAACAGACCCAUCAUGGGUUUUCCACUAGCUGAUCCUAAACCAUUGGAAUCCAAGCAAAAGCCAGAUUCACCUGUGGUUGCUACCAGUGACAUGAUCAAUGGGCCGACUGUAUGUUCACAGGAUGUUACGGCUUGCACCUCAUCCGAGCCAGAAGCAUGUAUACAAUUUCCACCCAACCAUAAUUAUGAAAUAUCCGAGUUACCCACCAGAUCACUGGAUUCCAAUGUCUCGGCUACAUCAUCACCAGUCUUUCCUAGCAUUGGCCUGCUCGUCCCUGGACCAGCUCAUGUACAGUCAUUUGAACCGCAGCCAAACAGGCCCUUCAUGGGUAUUCCACUGCCCGAUCCUAAUCCUCUGAACACCAAUUUGGAGGACAUUCCACCGCUUCCGCCACUACCUCCUCUUGAGUGGAGAAUCGGAAAGCUUCGGAAUGAUUCCCUUCCUUUUGGGGAAGAAGCUCUACAUCCUACGAACCCCUUCCUACCACUACAAACCAUAGAAGACAAGAAGCCCCAACAGCCUUCGUAUCCAUUCCUCCCACUACAAAUUAGUGAAGAUGACAAGCCUCAACAACCUUCAAACCCAUUCGCACCAUUACCAACUACAGAAGAUGAGAAAACUCGACAUGGUGCUCUAACUUUAGGGGUUGAAAUGGUAGAGCCUCUGAAUUCAUUCCCAUCACCACCAAAUGUAGCUGAUGAGGAAUCUCAACGUGCUUCUCGAAAUUUAGAGGGAGAGAUGGGGCAUCCUCCGAAGUCAUCAACACCUCCACCAGUCAUUGAAGAUGAGGAGCCUCUACAUGGUUUGCAGACAUCAGAGGGAUAUAUGGGACAGCCUCCGAAUCCAUCAAUGCUGCUGCAAUCCCAAGAAGACGAGAAACCAAAUGGGGAUCUUCAGUCAGAGCCCACCAAACAGAGAGAUCCUCUGAUUGAGGCCGUUGCUGCACAUGACAGAAGCUUGUUGAGAAAGGUAUCAGAACGGGUUCGACCCGAAAUCAAGCCAAAGUUGGAUGAAAGGAAUUCGUUGCUAGAACAGAUACGAUCCAAGUCUUUCAGUUUGAAGCCAGCGAGCACUGCAAAGCCCAUCAUUCGGGGUCCUGGAACAAAUUUAAAUGUUGUUGCCAUUUUGGAGAAAGCAAAUGCAAUCCGCCAGGCAUUUGCUGGUAGUGACGAAGAUGAUGACACGGAUAGCUGGAGCGAUUCUUGAAAACCAUCAUCCAAGCCUGUUGUAGUGUCAACAUCUUCCCAGUUUUCCUUCAAAGUACAAGGCAAUCGAGAGAGAACGGGCAGUGCGGCCCACUUCAGCAAUCUACUGAAUGGGUGAAGUUCUUCCCAGAAUCCCAUUGCCAUAUGUUCAUGUAUAAUAGUUUUUUGUCGAAAUGUGUUCCAUAUUAAGUUUUUGUAUCUAAUCUAACAUGUGAAAUUGUUGAGUUGGGUCAAUUUAAACAUUGGCAGCCGUGGCCCAUUGUUAGUGGCCAUAUCAAUCUACGAUAUCUUUGGCAUCUAA